UGAUUAAUUACACUGAGCUGGAAGCUAGCCUUGACCUGUCCGUCUCGAGGUCGAGGCUACGACGACGAUAUAUAGAGAUCGAUUAGAGAGAGAUAAUUAAGAAACAGGGAUUACGGACAGCUAGCUAGCUCCGGCGACAUGCCCCCCAAGCGUAAGUCGCCACCGCCGCCGCCGCCGCAUGGCCCCGUCGUGGUGGUGCCUCCCCCACCGUACAGGCGGCGCCUGGAGAUCAUCGAUCUUCCCCAGGGAGCUGCUGCUCCGACAACUCCAACUCCGGGGAAGUGGCAGCUGCCUCGGGUGCCCAUAGCUUUCAUUGCCCUCUACUUCAUCGUCCUCGUCGAGGGGAAGUCCAACCGCCGCAUUCGUCGAGUGGUAAGAAUCUCCCAACAAAAUCUGCAGGUACGCAAAGAGAAUAUUAUUUCCCAGGAAAAGGUGCUCCAAGCAUUUGAUAAUGCCCUUCAGAAGCAUCUUAAUCCAAUUCAUCGAUCCCUUGAAUCCCUUACCGAACGAAUUGAUACUCUGACUCAUGAAGUGGGACAGAUCAAACAAUCAAACCCUAACCAUCAUGCCAAUGAGCAUUACAGAUCAGAAGCAAAUCAAGAUGCUGCUGGAUUUGCUCAUUAUGGGGAAGCUGUUGAGUUGAGAUUCCUCAAUAAGUUGAAGCCUCGUCUUUAUUAUACACAGGAAAAAAUUACAGCAGAGGAUGGCACGGUUAUCCAAAUUGCCUUAUUUAAGGAUAACCAGAUAGUUAAAUCCGGUCCACUUUCUUCUGCAAGAAUUGAAUUUGUGGCUCUUGAAGGUGACUUUAAUGAUGUUGCCCCUGAAAAUUGGACCGAGUAUAUGUUCAAUCAGAACAUAGCAAGAUCCCCAAAAGGGCCUGUGUUAGGAGGAGUUUGUCAAAUCAAGCUGAAGAAUGGGGAGGCCUCUCCUUCUGGCAUCUCUUUCGUUGUACCAUCUUCAAAGAGUAGAAGCGGAAUGUUCAUUCUGGCAGCAAGAGUUCAUAGCAGUGACAAAGCCGGGUUCCGGAUUAUGGAAGCCUUGAUGAAUCCUGUUGAGGUGCAGGUUUACCGAAACAAAGCAAAUAUAAAUAGUGACACUCCAAAAUUGAAAGAUGAUGUAUACCGUUUAAAGGGAAUUUCAAAAAAGGGAACUCGCUUCGAUUGGCUUAAACAUAAUGGGAUCAACACUGUGGAGGAUAUGUUAAAGGCUUUAAAUAAGAACGAAAAGAAGAUUCGCACUGAGUGCUUCAAGCUAGAGAAGAACAGCAAGGAUUGGAAAGAAACAGUUAAACAUGCUAGAAAGUGUGAUCUCGAAGGCAAUUGCAACCUGAAAUCAUAUAGAGUUGAAGAGAAACAUGUUGUACUCUUCUUUAACUGCGUACAUGAUCUCGUUGGAGCACAAUUUCAUGAUGGCUAUGUUACAAAGGACAAUUUCAAUUCAGAUCAGCAGGAUGCCGUGAAUUGUUUGAAAAAACAAGCGUAUGAUGCUCUGGAUGACAUUGCCUUCGAUGACAAAAUGAAAGACAACUAUCCAGUAUCUUUGUCUUCAGCUAUGAACACAAGCAUUACUGAUGGUGAUGCUUCCAUUCCCUUAACAGACAGAGCAGGAACAAAUUAUCCAGAUCUCCAUGUUACAUCUCAAGCAGUUGGGAAUUCUCAUCAUGCUGAGAUUUAUCAAGAACCUGAACUGCUUCAAGCAUUACUGAACUAUAAUAGUGCCUGUGAGAUAGAACCAAAUGAAGGUUAUCGAGCAGGUGCUGUGGCUCAGAUCUACGGUGGAUUUUCUGAAGUUGACAUCCCUAUUGGGUGCUAUAUUGGUCAGACAUCUGAAGGUACUUCUUCUGGAGGCAAUGCCUUGAUCGGACUGAUGAAUAUGUCACAGAAUGGCAGCGAUGGCAGCAAUAUUGCAGAACUGAUUGACAACGACAUUGAUCCUUAUCAGUACAUCAUUUAACUGAACCAGAACAGGGGCGCAUGCUCACAACUCUAGGACCGUUUUUACUGAAGUCUCGUCGCUCUGCAUAUCCAGGACCGUUUUUACUGAAGUCUGAAGGAUCUGUUUCUAGCCAGUACGCUUGCUGGCUAUUUAUCUUCUCCCUGUUAUUUACCCUAAUGAGCAGCGGGUGUAUUAGCAUAUUUAUAUAUACACCUUGAACUGUAAUUUUCUGACAAUGGUUUCAUAAAUUAAAUUGUUAGUCAUCGCUGGAACUUUUUAAGCAACUGUAAGCAUAUUACAAAGUAUUUCUUCCGUUCUUUUCUACACA